AUGCAGCAACCGGCAGCUUGGCAGCAUCCUCAUCCCCUGGGAUACGAAGAGAGGAGGAAGGAGGUGGAGGAAGGAAUGGAGCCACAAAAGAGCGCUCCCUUCAUCAUCCACUACCACCUGGGCACCGAGAGCGCUCCCGCUGCCCGUGAAGCAGCGCACAAGGACGACCUGAGUGCAGAGGAGGUUGCGGAGAUCAGCAGGAGGAUGGACGAAGUUGAAGGAGAGCUGAGAUCGCUCUUGCGCGAGGAGCAGGAGGAUGAAGAGAAGAUUGCCAAGCAAGUCAGCGAGGCCCUCGCCAUCGCUGAGCAGCUUCGAAACGGAGUGGAGGCGUUGACAGGUUCCCUGAAGCAACUCAGCAGCAAGAGACAGCAGGAGCAUGAUACUGGAGCGUCAAGCAAGACCCAGCCUUUACCAGCACCACCCAACGGCAUCAUCCUCGACGGAGUGUUCUACCCUGACGUCCUUCCAAGUUUCGCUCCGCCCUCCCUGGCGCCUCCCAUGCUGCCUCCUCGAGCUGUUUCGCUCCCCCCUGCUGCUGAGCCGCCCCUGAGGCAGCACCUUCCUCCUCUCAGCUACGGCCUGCGCCUCUGGCUGGACCGAGUCACCUCGGACAAGCCCUUCGGAGGUGUGGAGAUGCCAGCAGAUCGACAUCCUGCUGGGGUUGAGGAGAGAAGGUUUCACCAGCCACCGGGCCCGAUGCUGUAUCGACGAGCGACGCCAUGA